AUGCGAUCGCCGCUCUCACCGCUUUGGGCAAACGUAAACAUGAACAAAAUAGAGGACAGCUUCAAGAUGGCACCGCUACAACCGACAGUGCUCAUGCGGUACCUGGAUGAUGACUUCGCAAUUUGGUCACAUGGAAGAGAAAAACUAAGGGAUUUUCUGCAAUUUGUAAACCAGAUUAAUGCGGUUACCAAAGAAGUCUUGAUCCGGGAUAAUACUCAACGUCCAGUUCCACCACAAUUACAGGCUAAAGAUAGGAACAAUGAGGAGCAUGAUCAUCCGAAGGCUACGUUUAGCGGAUGUGGAAUUUGGGGCGAGGAGUUGGGCAAAUUGACUGGGCCAUUUCUCGGAACCGGCUACCCAAGCGAAACCCUCAAAGCCUCUUCUUUUGGCGAAUUUGGAAAUGCCCAUUUCUUCAACUAUGCAUCAAUUGGGCCGUAUUUUCGCCUUUUUCCGCUCACAGGACCAGUGUUGCUACAGACUUGCCGAAACCUCCUCAUCGGUUGUCAAUUCGGUGUUCGCGUUUUGGUUCUGGAGGCAAGGGGUUCAAAUAAGGUGAGAAUGACAAAGCUGCAACAUCUGCAAGUGCCAUGUUGCCGAAAUUCGUGCGAUUUGCAGCACUUUUGCCAGUCCACUGAUCUGCAAAUGAGUAAAAAAGGCCGCUUCUCCUCCUCACCUCAGCCUGAAAGGUUUCCUCCAUCCAAAACCGACGAACAGGCGUCGUCUACAAACCGGUACAGAUCGACUGUUCGCGACGCUUUACUCCCACCAAUGCACUCACUUCCGGUGGGCCUGUCGCAGAACAACAUUGCGACAAACGUGGCCACCAUUUCCUGCUGUACCACACUGUCUUGUCCACUUCGCCAAUUGGUAAACACUCAGUCGCCAUGGCGACCCACCAUUGCCGCCGCGUUGAGUUGGGACAAUUUUAAAGAAAGAUGA